AUCAUUAGAGCGUAUAAAAGGCGACGAAAGUCUCAGGCAAAGCAUCAGUUUGUGAGAAACACAGGAAAAUGAAGCACUUUAUCACUCUUGUCGUGAUCGUGGCGAUUUCUGCUCUGGAGAUUCUUGGAGAGCCCAAAGCGUUCUUCAAUGUCAAGCCAUGGAAAUAUUCGAGAAUUUUCCGUCCUGUUCAAUUUUGCUACACUGCGGAACUUUGCGACGAGAAUCUCUUCGAAGACGCUGAACAAGCUGAGGCGGAUUCUCCAGAUGAUCUGGGCGGGAAGGAUGAGAAAGCUAAGGAGGAAGUUCAACAGGAAGCUGAAGAAUGUCCUUCAGCAACGAUCGUAAUGGGUGCUGAAGGAGCGAGCCUGAAGCUCAACGAUAAAGUGUGGAAGAUGAAAACCUUGAGCAUUUCCGAUUGCAAUGAAAUGCAAAAUUGAGGAAUUCAAUUGAAGCCCUAAAAUCCCAGCAAAAGUCAGAUAAAGACUUUACAGAAAAUGCCAAAAAACAGUAUUUAAGAAAAUUGUGAAGAAAAUGUGUAAAAAAAGGAAAAUAAAAUUGC